AUGCCGCACAAACAUACAAGGAGACACAAGGACGAGUCGGUCUACGACCUCCCACCUGAUCAGAUUGCGUUGCCGCUUCCACCGACCAGUUUUUCCAAGAAGACAGCUGCGAAAAAGAAGCCGGAUGAGGUGCAGAAGAAGGCUGUCAAAAAGAGAAAACGCGAGAACGAGUUCGACGAUGCUCCUCGCGCCUUCAAGCGCUUGAUGGCGCUCAAGGAGGGAAAGCUCCCUCCCAAGUCUGUCGAAGACACUGGCGAAGCGCCAGGAAAGAAAAAAAAGAAGUCCGAGGAGGAAGAAACAAGACCAAAUCUUUCCGAGGAAUUGAAGAUCCGGCCCGGCGAGCGCUUAUCGGAAUUUGCCCAGCGAGUUGACGCUGCCCUCCCCCUCGGCGGACUGGUUAAGAAGACAGUUAAAAAUGGCAAAGAUCCGCUGGGUCUGAAGGUUCGUCAGACAAAGAAGGAGCGCAAGAUUCAGAACAUGAUCAAGGAAUGGCGCGAGAUCGAUCGCAAGGUGAAGGAGCGUCUCGAGGAAGAGCGCGAGCUGCAGGAAGAGAAGGAUCUAGAAACCGAGAUGACCUACGGCGUGUCACUGAAAAUGGAGCUCGAGGGGACGGGGAAGAAGAAGAAAAAGAAGGGAAAGGGCAAGAAGUUCCUCGGCGAGGUCGGUGACCCGGACGAGGAUCCGUGGGAGGAGAUCAAGAGGCGGCGCGGUGAGAGCAAGCCUGGGCUUAAUGAUGUGGCCACGGCGCCUCCAGAGCUCAAGAAGCCUAAGAAGAAUCUACUGGUUCGUGGAGCGACGGUUGCUGUGCAGGACAUCCCAAAGGCUGCGGGCAGUCUGAGGCAGAGGGAGGAGCUGCAGAGCAUCCGGCAGCAGAUUGUCGAGCAAUACAGGAAGAUGAUGGCCGAACGGAGGCCUGCUGUUGGGACGUGA